UCAUUUCAUUCAAGUGCUUGUACCCUCACCCUCACUUGGCGUUCAAAAGUAUCUUUUCCCUCCUUAAUUUCUUUGGUGGUUUUAAGUCUCAAAGCAAAUGGAAAAGCUGAAUUUUGUUAAAAAUGGAGUGAGCAAAUUGCCUCCUGGUUUUCGUUUUCAGCCAACAGAUGAAGAACUUGUCUUCCAAUACUUGAAAUGUAAGGUCUUCUCCUACCCUUUGCCUGCUUCUAUCAUUCCCGAGAUCAAUGUCUGCAAACAUGAUCCUUGGGAUUUGCCAGGGAAUUGUGAUCAUCAAGAAAGGUACUUUUUCAGUCCGAAGGAAGCAAAGUAUCGAAAUGGUAAUCGCAUGAAUCGAACAACCAAGUGUGGCUAUUGGAAAGCAACGGGAUCAGACAAGAGAAUAUCAUCUUCAACGUGUAGUGGUAUUGUGGGGAUAAGAAAAACAUUGAUUUUUUAUGAAGGAAAAUCUCCUAAAGGCUCCAGAACUCAAUGGAUCUUGCACGAAUAUCGCCUCGCCAGUGUUGAAAAAACUGGUGCUAAUUGCAACUCAUCUUAUAACUACGUAAACGAGAUAGGAGAUUGGGUUCUGUGUCGCUUAUGGAUGAAGAAAAGAAGUGUAGAAAGUGAUGGCAGCGUUAGUGGUGAGAAGCAUAUGCAUGUUGAAAGUCAUCCAAGGUUGUUUGAUUUUAUGAUGGUAGGUAACAGUAACAGUAACAGUAACACACACUCUUGUACAUCCUCAUCGUGUUCAAGUUCCAGUAACAUCAUGGAGGUCUCUUCAAAUGCAUCGGAUCAUGAAGAAACAAGUGCCUAUGCCUAUUUUUAACUGCAAAUUUGUCCAUGUCUCUAUUCAUUAAGGAAAAUGGAUCAUAUGCCAGAGGAUAUAUUCCCCACUGAUUUGCUUCUUCAAUACUAAUUAAGGAAAAUUGAUAAUAAAUAUGGCUAUGCCCAUUUUUAAUGGAUGUAUCAGAUGGGUCUUUCCUAUCAUCAUCUUCUAAUGUGCUUAUUUUUCGUCUUUUUAAUUAGCGCUAGUUUCGAAUGUGGCAGUAGAAUAAUGUCUUUUGCUAAAUUGAAAAGAAAAAAAAAACGGUUGAAAUGUGUUUUAAGCACUUUUA